AUGUCCUCUCAAACUUAUAGAUCAACUCGUUCCAGUAAGGAGCAAUCAUUAUCAUUUGAAGAUGUCGUAAUGACUGGAUUAGCCAAAGACGGUGGUUUAUUCAUCCCAUCGGUUAUCCCUAAAUUACCAGCUGACUUUGUCAGUGAAUGGAGAAACUUGCCAUUCCAAGAAUUGGCUUUCAACAUCAUGAGAUUAUACGUGAAAGAACUGGAAAUUCCUAAUGAUGAUUUGAAAAAAUUGAUUCACAGUUCAUACUCCACCUUCAGAUCCGAUGAAGUUACCCCAUCGAUAACCCUUGACGAAGAAAAAGGUUUACACUUAUUGGAGUUGUUCCAUGGUCCAACCUAUGCUUUCAAAGAUGUUGCCUUACAAUUUGUUGGUAACUUAUUCGAAUACUUUUUAACCAAACGUAAUGCCAAUGUUUCCAAAGCUGAAGAUAGAGAAACCAUCACCGUUGUUGGUGCUACUUCUGGUGAUACUGGUUCUGCUGCCAUCUAUGGUUUAAGAGGUAAAAAGGAUGUUUCUGUUUUCAUCUUAUAUCCAACUGGCCGUAUUUCUCCAAUUCAAGAAGAACAAAUGGCUACCGUUGAAGAUCCCAACGUUCAUACUUUAUCUGUUAAAGGUACUUUUGAUGACUGUCAAGAUUAUGUUAAACAAAUCUUCGGUGAUGUUGAAUUCAACAAUAAAUACCAUGUGGGUGCAGUUAAUUCUAUCAACUGGGCUCGUAUUUUAGCUCAAAUGACUUACUAUUUUUAUUCUUACUUCCAAUUAUUAAAUAAAUUGGGUGAUAAAGCUGAUGCUUCCAAAAUUAGAUUUGUGGUCCCAUCCGGUAACUUUGGUGAUAUCUUAGCUGGUUACUACGCUAAAGAAAUGGGUUUACCUGCUGAUAAAUUGGUUAUCGCUACUAAUGAAAAUGAUAUCUUAGAUAGAUUUUUGAAAUCUGGUCGUUAUGAAAAAACCGCUGAUCCUUCUAAACCUGCUGAAGUUAAAGCUACUUACUCUCCUGCUAUGGAUAUUUUAAUUUCUUCUAACUUUGAAAGAUUAUUGUGGUACUUAAUCAGAGACAACCUUGCUCAAAAUAAUGAUGAAGCCGCUGGUGAUAUCUUAAACCAAUGGAUGAACCAAUUGAAAUCAGAAGGCUCCGUUGUUGCUCCAGAAUCAGUCGUUAAAGCUGCUAGUGCCACCUUCUCAUCUCAACGUGUUACUGACGAAGAAACUUCUGCAACUAUUAAGAAAAUCUAUCACAGCCAUCCUCGUAAGUACGUUUUGGAUCCUCACACCGCCGUUGGGGUUUUCACCUCUUACAAAUUCAUUGCUGACGAUGAAGCCGCCGGUAACAAAAACGUUAACUAUAUCUCAUUAUCUACCGCUCACCCUGCUAAAUUCUCCGAAGUAGUCAACAAGGCUUUGGAUGGUGUCGAUGGUUACUCUUUUGAAAAGGACGUCUUACCAGCUGAAUUAAAGGCCCUCUCUGAAAAAGAAAAGAGAUUAUUAUUGGUUGAAGAUCCAUCUUUGGAAAAAAUUAAAUCCAUCAUCAUUGAAGAGUUAGCUAAGGAAGCCAAAUAA